CUGACUCCCAGCUCAAGGAUGAAACUCGUACUCUCUGCUGUGCUGUCCGUUGGGAUAUUGGCUCUGUGUUUUGCUGCUCCCCCCAAGGCAACCAUCAGAUGGUGCACAAUAUCCUCAGCAGAAGAGAACAAAUGCAAUAGCCUAAGGGACCACAUGCAACAAGAAAAUGUUGCAUUGAUUUGCUUGCAGAAAACAACACACUUUGACUGCAUAAAAGCCAUUUCGAAUAACGAAGCAGAUGCCAUUAGCUUGGAUGGUGGUCAAGUUUUUGAGGCAGGCCUUGCCCCCUACAAGCUGAAGCCCAUUGCUGCUGAGGUCUACGAACAAAGUGGAGGCUCCUCAACCAGCUACUACGCCGUGGCUGUCGUGAAAAAAGGAACAGGCUUCACAAUCAAUGACUUGCAGGGCAAGACCUCCUGCCACACAGGCCUGGGCAGGUCUGCUGGCUGGAACAUCCCCAUUGGGACACUCCUCCACCGAGGAGACAUCAAGUGGGAUGGCAAAGACUCAGCCUCCAUCGAGCAAGCGGUGGCCAAUUUUUUCUCUGCCAGCUGUGUACCUGGUGCCACCACUGAACAAAAACUGUGCCGUCAGUGCAAGGGGGACUCCAAAACCAAAUGCUCCCGCACAGGACCUUAUUCUGGAUAUUCUGGAGCUUUUCACUGUCUGAAAGACGGAAAAGGCGACGUGGCUUUUGUGAAACACACAACUGUUCAAGAAAACGCCCCGGAGGAGAAGGACCAGUACGAGCUGCUGUGUCUGGAUGGCAGCCGUCAGCCCGUGGACAACUACAAAGCCUGUCACUGGGCCAGGGUGCCUGCUCAUGCUGUUGUGGCUCGAGAUGAUAGCAAGAUUGACGACAUCUGGAGCUUUCUCGCAAAAGCACAGGAAAAAUUUGGUGUGGGCACAAGCAGCACCUUCCAGCUCUUUGGGCCACCUGGCAAGAAGGACCCAAGCCUCAAAGACUUGCUUUUCAAAGACUCUGCUAUACAGCUGAAGCGUAUCCCACGACUGAUGGAUUCCCAGCUCUACCUGGGCUUUGAGUAUUACAGUGCCAUCCAGAGCCUUCAGAAAGAUCAGUUGAACUCCAACCGCAGAGAAAACAAGACACGGUGGUGUGCGGUAGGCAAGAAUGAGAAGAGCAAGUGUGACCUCUGGAGUGUGGUGAGCAAUGGGGACGUGGAGUGCACCGUGGCAGACAACACCGAGAGCUGCAUUAUCAAGAUCAUGAAAGGCGAAGCAGAUGCUAUCAGCUUAGACGGAGGUUUUGUCUACACUGCUGGCGUGUGUGGCUUGGUGCCAGUGAUGGGAGAAAGCUAUGAGGAUUACAGUCAAUGCAGCAAAGCAGAAGGAGAACCAGCAUCCUACUUCGCUGUGGCUGUUGUGAAGAAAUCCAACGGUGAUAUCACAUGGAACAAUCUGCAGGGCAAGAAGUCGUGCCACACCGCUGUCGGGAGAACAGCUGGCUGGAACAUCCCCAUGGGCUUGAUUCACAACAGGACAGGGAACUGCAAUUUUGAUGAAUACUUCAGCGAGGGCUGUGCUCCCGGGUCUCCUCCUAACUCCCGCCUCUGCCAGCUCUGCAAGGGCUCAGGGGGUGUCCCGCCGGAGAAGUGCGUUGCCAACAGCCACGAGAAAUACUAUGGAUACACUGGAGCUUUCCGGUGCCUGGUUGAGCGGGGGGAUGUGGCCUUUAUUAAGCAUUCAAUCGUCGAGGAAAACACUGAUGGCAAAAAUAAAGAAGAAUGGGCCAAAAACCUGAAAAUGGACCAAUUUGAGUUGCUGUGCACUGACGGGCAACGGGCAAAUAUCAUGGCUUACAGGGACUGCCACCUGGCUAAAGUUCCUACCCAUGCUGUGAUCACGCGUCCUGAGAAAGCAAAAAAAGUCCGUGAGCUGCUGGAGAGACAAGAGAAACUGUUUGGAACAAAAGGAAUCGAGAAAGACAGGUUCAAGAUGUUUGAGUCUCAAACCAAGGACCUUCUGUUUAAAGACUUGACCAAGUGUCUGGUCAAACUCCGCGAUGGAAUAACGUACAAGGAAUUCCUCGGAGAUCAAUACUAUGCUUCAGUUGCUAGCCUCAAUACCUGCAAUCCAUCAGAUCUCCUCCAGGUGUGCACCUUCCUCGAGGAGAACCCUCAAGGGGAAGAAGUUCCUCUCCCACCCACUGUGAACCUCUCUUGUUUCAAUGUAUUCCCACCGCUCCUCAUCCUGCACUACCGUGAAAAGCCUGGCUCUGUCUUCCUGAAGCCUGGUACAAAUGUGGCCACCUCUCCUCCAGGCUCAGCAGGCCCUGGUCCCUCAGCCUCACCCCCCGGGGCGAGACUCCAGCCCCCCCGUCCAUCGUGGUGGCUCUGUGCCGAGCGUGCCAUCGUUCACGGAUGUAUGCUUGAACCGGGGACCCAAAACCAGGCGCGGUACCUAGAUCCGCACCUGGAGGCGCUGCGGCGGGAGCUGCGGGCGCCCGACCCCACCGUGCUCUCCGUUCUCCUGGCGCUGCUCGCCGUAGCCAUCACGCUCCUGAUCUGGAGGUUCGUGCAGGGCAGGAGGAGCAGCCGGAAGGCGGUGCUGCUGCUGGGCCUCUGCGACGCGGGGAAGACGCUGCUUUUCGCGCGGCUGUUAACAGGCAAAUACCGCGAUACCCAGACUUCGAUAACGGACAGCUCCGCAGUUUACCGAGUCAGGAACGACAAGAGCGCUAACGUGACCUUAAUCGACCUUCCAGGCCAUGAGAGUUUGCGGCUUCAGUUCUUGGAGAGGUUCAAGGCUGCAGCCAGAGCCAUCGUGUUUGUUGUGGACAGUGUGGCCUUCCAGCGGGAGGUAAAAGAUGUGGCAGAGUUCCUGUACCAGGUCCUGGUCGAUAGCACUGUGCUCAAAAACGCACCUGCGCUGCUGGUCGCUUGCAAUAAGCAAGAUGUCACAAUGGCAAAAUCAGCAAAACUUAUUCAACAGCAGCUGGAGAAAGAGCUCAACACCUUGCGAGUGACCCGCUCUGCAGCCCCCACCAGUCUGGAUGCCUCAGCCACUGGGGGCCCUGCCCAGCUGGGGAAGAAGGGCAAGGACUUUGACUUCUCCCAGCUACCCAUGAAGGUGGAAUUCGUGGAGUGCAGUGCUCGGGGCAGCAAGGGAGAGGAGGGAGAUGCUGACUUCGAGGGCCUUGAGAAAUGGCUGGCCAAGAUCGCCUGAACGGAGAAGGGCAGGG